AUGCAGACGCUGGCUGCUCCUCACCGUGGCUGCCAGCUUCACGACAAGAUGAUGUGCCUUACCAACUACACACGCAUCACGGAAGAUGACGCGCUCCUCACCGUCGUGACCAAUUCCCCACGAUUUGCUCUGUUGAGUAGGUGCGCUCAGUCCCAUCAAUGCGGAAUUGGAUUGUCAAGCACUCCUUUAGCCGGGUUCAAUAGGAUGAAUCAACAACUGGUGAGCACCAAAGCAGAGUUUCAAUUUGAUGAUGAGUAUGAUUUAGAAAAUGCUUUCAAGAGAGCUGUGCCAUGGCUUGAAGGUGGCUUUGUCAUGAAGGAUGAAUUAAGUUCAGUCUUCGAUGUUUUUAGUUUGUUGCAAACUAGGCCCUUACAUUGUGGAGUACGGUGGCAAACAAACACCGCCAAUAAAGGCGUGGUGGCGUUCAGGUUACUUCCAAAUGGCAACGUGGUGCUACUUGAUGGGAACGGGAAAUUCGUUUGGCAAAGUUUUGACCACCCCACCGAUACGAUCCUGGUGGGGCAGUAUCUGAGAGCUAGUGGGCCAUAUGAGCUCGUUAGUAGGCUUUCCGAGAAGGAAAAUGUGAAUGGGCCUUAUAGCUUGAAGUUGGAGGGUAAAGGGUUGGCCUUGUACUACAAGCCCAAGAACUCUCCCAGGCCCAUUUGCUAUUGGUCUGAAUCUUAUAUUGAACAAGGCUCAUUUGAAAAUGUCACAUUAACAUCUGAUUCAGAAAGUUUUGAAAUUGGGUUUGAUUACUUUGUUGCCAACUCUUCCAAUUUUGGCAACAGGAUCAUUGGUAGGCCAGUGAACAACAGUACCUUGACAUAUGUUAGGCUUGGAAUUGAUGGUAACAUUAGGUUCAACACUUAUUUCCUAGAUGUGCGUGACGGUGUUUGGAAAGUGACCUACACUUUGUUUGAUAGAGAUUCUGAUGAUGAGAGUGAGUGCCAAUUGCCACAGAGAUGUGGGAAAUUUGGGCUUUGUGAGGAAAAUCAAUGUGUUGCUUGCCCAUUGGAGAAUGGACUAUUUGGGUGGAGUAACAAUUGCAGUGCUAAGGCUGUAACAUCAUGCAAGGCAAGUGAAUUCCACUACUAUAAACUUGAAGGAGUUGAGCAUUACAUGAGUAAAUACACUACUGGGGAUAGAGUAAGUGAAACUAAUUGUGGAAACAAAUGCACCAAAGACUGCAAGUGUGUGGGGUAUUUCUACAACAGGGAUAACUCAAGGUGCUGGACAGCAUAUGAUCUACACUAGAGUGGCGAAUUCCACCCAUGUAGGCUAUAUCAAGUUGAUCAAGUGAGUAUUCCAUGGAGGCUUAUAAGAGAUAUGGGGUUGUCAAGGUCUCUAAGCUGAAACUAGUCUAUUAGCAUUUCAAAAUUACAUAUUGAUGUUGGGGAAGUUUAUGAUACCUUCAAUGCUCGUUCCAGCUAUGGGAGGAAGUUCUGUAAGUUGAAUUUCUGUGUUCUGAUGCACUUAGUAAUGUUAUGGAAAUUUUCAGAUGUAAUUCCUAUUUCUUAUAUUAUUAGUGACUCCUCAUUGCAACAAAUUAAUGAUCCCCACUAAGUACAUUUCCUGCUU